CCACCCAGCUCAAUAUCCCGUCUCCAGCUGUGGCCAGGACCAGCCGCUGCAGAGGCAGGCUUCUCCGAUGGCUGAAUCCGGCUCAGCGGACAGGAUAUAAAGCCCUCCCCUGGGCUGCUGCCCACCCCACUCCAGAGGGGAAGAGCCACCCAGGGAUGUGGCCCUAGGCGCAGGGAGCGGCUGCGGGGGAGGCAGACCCAGGCGAGCACACUGGGGCUUUGGGACUCCACAAGACUCAGGCUGCACGUGGCGACGGUGAGAUUGGCUGCAGGCCAUGCCGGGCGCAGCACGGGGCCGGGCUCUCUGCCCUCCCGCCGGGGAGCUGACGGGGAUGCUGGUCUGGCUCUCACUCUGGGUGCCGGCGGUGCUGGCUGAGGGGCGCUGGUGUGAGAGGACGGAGCAGGUGAUGGAGGAGGAGGUGGUGAGCCCCCGGCGCGAGCAGGCGGUGCCCUGCGUGGACGUGCACCACUACAACCUGGCCGGCUGGCGCAUCGACCAGCACAGGAUGCGCCAGGCCUACGGUGGGGACCAGGCCAUUGCCCGCUUCUAUGCCCAGGCUGGGCCUGCCGCCUCCCUGUGCUACAUCUACAAGCCCCCAGACACAAGGCCAGUGGUGUGGAACCGCACAGUGCGAGCCUGCUGCCAGGGCUGGAGCGGGCCCCACUGCACCCAGGGUGAGGGCUUCCUAGGGCUCUGCUUCUCCACGUGGCAGUGCCAGGCUGGCCUGGGCACCUGGAACCUGUCCCUGCUGAGCAUGGCCGAGUGCUGCGGGCGCCCCUGGGGCCGCAGCUGGAAGAACACCUCCUCCGAGCUCUGCCUCAGCUGCUCCACCCUGCCCCUGCCAGGGGACCUUCCGGCCCCCUUCCUCCUCCGGCCCUUGCCUCCCAGGGCCCUGCUGGGCCUGCCCAGGCCUCGCCACCGCCUCUUCACCACCUGCGUCACCUGGGCCGGCUUCCACUACCGCAGCUUUGAUGGGAAACAUUUCCACUUCCAUGGGGACUGCACCUACAGCCUAGCCGCUGCCUCCGACGGCACCUGGGCCGUGGACAUCUCAGGCAGCGGGACCUGCGCACCACCACACUGCCACCGGACGCUGCGCAUGCUCUUCGGGCUGGACCUGGUCAUGGCUCAGGGCCGAAAAGUCUCCGUGAAUGGGGCUGUGGUGCCGGAGGGGAAGCCACUCCUACAGGACGGGAUCAGCAUCCGGUGGCUCGGUGACUUUGUCUUUGUGGAGAGCGGCCUGGGCGUGCGGGUCAAGUCUGACGGGCGCGACACGGUGUAUGUGACGGUCAGCGGGGAGCUGCGGGGUGCCACACGUGGGCUCUGCGGGCUCUACAACGACGAUCCUGCUGAUGACUUCCUGCGUGUAGGAGGGGAUGUGGCCACGCUCGCUGCCAGCUUCGGGAAUUCCUGGAGGGUCCCGGAUGCCAGCCCAGAGCUCCCGUGCCAGGACGCGGCGGAGACGGGACACAGCUGCGACGUCGCGGAGGCCAGCGCCCUGAGGCAGGAGGCCGAGGCCGUGUGCUGGAAGCUGCUGGCCAGCCCCUUCAGCCAAUGCCACUCCGAGGUGGACCCGGGCGGAUUCUAUGAAGCCUGCAUGUACGCAUCCUGCGAGCAGGGGGGCACGGGAGCCGGGCGGCAGGAGGCCAUCUGCGCCACCUUCGCCAGCUACGCCCGCGACUGCGCCCAGCAGCACGUCUAUGUCGACUGGCGGAGGCCCGGGUUCUGCGAGAAGCAGUGCAGCCAGGGGAAGCAGUACUCGGACUGCGUGUCCUCAUGCCCGGCCAGCUGUGCCACUAUGGGCACCAGUGAGGAGGGGCACUGCAGGGACGACUGCGUGAGUGGCUGCGAGUGCCCGCCGGGCCUCUACCUGGAGGGGGGGGCCUGCGUCCCUGAGAGCGACUGCCCCUGUUACCACCGUCGCCAGAAGUACAGCCCAGGGCAGAGCAUCCAGCAGCGGUGCAACCAGUGCACGUGCCAGGGUGGGCGCUGGCGCUGCUCGCAGGACAAGUGCUCGGCUGAGUGUGCCCUGAUCGGGGACCCGCACUAUGUGACCUUCGACCAGAAGCGCUACUCCUUCCAUGGCGUCUGCGAGUACAUCCUGGUGCAGGACUUUGUGGACUGGAAGCUGCUGAUCACGGCGGAGAAGGGGGCGUGUGGGAGCAAAGGGGCCGUGAGCUGCCUCCGGGCCCUCACGGUGACUGCGCACAGGACCUCCGCCCGGCUCCGCACCACAGGGGACGUGGCCGUGAACGGGCAGGAGGUGGCCCUGCCCUUUACCAGUGCUGACCUGAGCAUCCGACGGGCCUCAUCCUCCUUCCUGCUGCUCCAGGCCUUCGGGGCCCACGUGCUGUGGGGGCUGGAGCUCCCCACCGCCUACAUCACCCUGCAGCCUGGCUUCGCUGGCAAGGUGCGAGGCCUGUGCGGCACCUACAACUGGAACCAGCAGGACGAGUUCACCACCCCCGCCGGGGACGUGGAGUCCAGCGUCGCCGCCUUCGCCAACAAGUUCCAGGCAUCGAGCGAGUGCCCCGCGCUUGGCUCCUUCGCCUUCGACCCCUGCGGCACCUACGCCCAGCACAGGGAGUUCGCCGAGGCCGCCUGCGCCGUCCUGCACGGCUCGGCCUUCCAGCCCUGCCACGACCUGGUGGAGCGGGAGCCCUACUACCAGCUCUGCCUCUACGACGUGUGUGGCUGCUCGGCCGGCGGGGACUGUCUGUGCAGCGCCCUGGCUGCCUACGCCAGGCAGUGUGCCCAGGAGGGGGCGCCGGUGCCCUGGAGGAACCAGACCUUCUGCGCGGUGCCGUGCAGCGGGGGGCAGGUCUACCAGGAGUGCAGCGCCCCCUGCAGGAAGAGCUGUGCCGACCUGCGCCUGGCGGAGGCCAGCUCGUGCCAGGCCCUGGCCGUGUGCGUGGCCGGCUGUAACUGCCCCGAGGGGCUGGUGCUGGACAACACCGGGCAGUGUGUCCCGCCGGGCACGUGCCCCUGCGAGCACGGGGGUGAGACCUACCCGCCCGGCAGCAAGAUCCACAGGAGCUGCAAUGCCUGCGUCUGCGUGAACGGGCUCUGGAACUGCACUGAGGAGAGCUGCCCCGAAGCCGCCUUCUGCCCCGGGGAGCUGGUCUACGCCCACGGGUCCUGCCUGCGCACCUGCGCCACUGCCGAGGGCAACCUGAGCUGCCCGGGCCUCUCCGACGGCUGCGUCUGCCCGCCAGGCACCGUCUUCCUCGACGAGCACUGCGUCUCUCCGGACGAGUGUCCCUGCCACCAUAAUGGCAGGCUGUACCAGCCCAACGACACCAUCGCCAAGGACUGCAACACCUGCGUGUGCCGGAGCCGUCGCUGGCAGUGCAGCAGCCACCACUGCGCGGGGACCUGCGUGGCCACAGGAGACCCACACUACAUCACCUUCGACGGGCGGGCCUUCUCCUUCCUGGGGGACUGCGAGUACGUCCUGGCACGCGAGGGCAGCGGCCUCUUCACCGUCACCUCCGAGAACGUGCCCUGCGGCACCAGCGGCGUCACCUGCACCAAGUCUGUGGUGGUGGUGAUCGGGAACACCGUCGUGCACCUGCUGAGAGGUGGGGGCUGGCUCCCUGUGGGGGGGAUCGGGAACACCAUUGUGCACCUGCUGAGAGGUGGGGGCUGGCGCCCUGUGGGGGGGGAUCGGGAACACCAUUGUGCACCUGCUGAGAGGUGGGGGCUGGCUCCCUGUGGGGGGGAGAUCGGGAACACCGUCGUGCACCUGUGA